AUCAAAUUGUAUUUGAAACCAUAAAAAAGUAAUGACGGCAUUGCCGGCCGCCAUUUGCAAAUUACAAAUUGUGAUGAAAUAUUGUUUUAUUUAACUAAUAGAUAAAUGUGUAUUUCUUAACGUUGUUAUUGUAUCUUAAUAUUUAAAGUAACUUGUAGUGAUACUAUGGAACCAACACUGGACGCGUCCUUAGUGGCGCAGUCCAUUAAUUACCAUGGUCAGCAGUUACAAAAACAGUGGGAGGCCGAACGAGGGGAAGAGGAUUUGUCCAAGAUUGGCGUGGGUGUGCUCGACUUUGCAGUGUAUCAAUCCAGGCACAAACAUCUCACAUUCCAAGAUAGAGGCAAACGGUUAAAACUCCAUCAAUUUAUUGCUAAAGAAGCAAAUGCUUUGUUUGAUGCAUCGAUCUUAGAGGAAACUCCAUCUUCAUCCAGCCUAGGGGCUGAUGCGCCCACACCAGAGGACAAUCUGUAUGCAUUAAUGCCACCAUUUGAGACUUUCUUGAAUGUGGAUAAGUCUGCUCGAUUGAGACAUUUCUUUGAUAAUGUGAAGACAGGAGAGCUGAUCAUAGGAGCUGUGAUCAAUCGAACAGCAUCUGGAAUGAUGCUGAAGGUUUUAUGCACAGCUGGGCCCACCUCAAGAUAUGUUGCAGAUAUCAAUGUGAAAGCAUUCUUACCAGUUGCAAAUAUCAUACCCGCCAUGGACAAGAAAAAUGUAUCAAGAAACUACCUGAUGAAUGACACUGUGUGCUGUGAAGUCAUUGAAGUCAUCCCUGACACCGACAAAAUGGUGUGCGGCAUGAAGGGAAUCACUCGGGGCCCAGAUGACCCACCUCCAAAGCCUUCCCUUGGACUCCUCAGCACUGAUGACUUUCCGCUUGUUUACAAGAAAACUGUGGAUAUGAAGGGGGAAAGUUAUGAAGCCAUUUUGGAGAAGAGCCCAGGCUUCAAUAACCCCAACUGCGUCCAAUAUCUCUCUGAACUGCUUGGAAUCGCCAACACGCACUGCACUAAUUUUUCAUCAUUGAGAGGAGGAUUUGCAACAACAGAAUAUGCUGAUGAACUUCGCCAGGCUCAAGCUAGCAAAUGGGCAUUCCGUUCAGUAGCUGAAGGCAUAGAGCAUUUCAAAGCAGGAAGACAUUCAGAAGCAUUCCAGUGUUUGAACAAGGCUUUGAGCAUUGAUCCAAGAAACGUCGAAGGUCUUGUGGCUAGAGGUGCACUUUAUGCAAACAGUGGCACAUUCAAGAAAGCUAUAGAAGACUUUGAAACAUCUUUGAAACUGAAUCCAAACCAUGCGAAUGCUAGAAAAUACUUAGGAGAGACAUUAGUUGCAUUAGGGCGGAGUUAUGAAGAUGAGAACAAGAUAACAGAAGCACAGAAAGCUUAUGAAGACUGUUUGGCAAUCAUACCAUUCCAUGAGGAAGCACAAAACUCUUUAGAUUUCCUGAAGAGCAAAACAUCAACUGCGAAACCCUUGAUAGAGCCAGCUGAGUUAUUAUUGCCUGGUCUCACAGGCGCUAAAUCAUUUGAAAUGAAAGAAACACUUAAACAGCUAUUAAAUUUGACAGAGAAAAAAGAUAAAAAGAAGAAAAAGAAAAAAGGGAAAGGUAAGAAGAAGAGAUCGAGUAGUUCUUCUUCUUCGUCAAGUGAUUCGUCCAGCUCCAGUUCAUCUUCCGAGUCAUCGUCAUCAUCAUCUGACUCAACUGAUUCCGAAGGCCCCAACCGCAAGAAGAAACGGCGCUCGCAAUCCAAUAACAAGCGGCAACGGUCCCUGUCGCCUCUCAGCAAACGGAUGGCGAUGCUCGGCGAUUCUGACUCUGCGUCGCGCACCCACAACUCACAGUUCAAUCACCCUUACGGUUACCAGCCGCCACCGCCGCCUGCUGAGGAGGCAAAUAACAUACCCAUUCGCUCACAAGCUGACAUCGAUUAUGAACUAAAGGUACGAAAAUUCCUGGAGAUGACCAAGGAAGACUCGGACUAUGAAGAUAAAGUGCGCAACUUCUUAGAGGAGACAGCCCAGUACAAACGCAACCGGAAGAUGCAAGAGUUGGGCCAGCAACCGCAACCAGGCGCUGAACAUGACAAGAAAAAAAAGAAGAAGAAAGAUAAGAAAAAGAAAAAGGAGUCGAAGCGAAAGCGUAAAGAACAAGAGCGGGAAGAAAAACGUAAGGCAAAAAUGGCGCGUUCGGCUGCCAACAACUCUGCUGAAUACAGUCUACGUGAUCUGGAAAAUAUAGGAGACAAGAAAUUGAGAGAUGCUAUCAGAAAAGAACUAAAAGGAAAAUCGAAGAGAGAUCUGAGCUCAGAAGGGGAAUAUGACAGAAAACAUGGUGACAAAAGGAUAAUGGAUGAGAUGCACGGCUUAGAAGAAUUGGAAUCGAAACUAAGUGCAUACCAUGUUAUGGUGGAAAAGGAAGUUCUAGGCAAACGCGAUGGACGUGGCUCCAUCAGCCCCAUCGACCAAGCACCACCGCCACCACUUGAGAAACCCAAGUGGAAGAUGUCUAUGAGUGCUGUGAAAGACUCGGUUAAGAAGAAAGAAGCAUCAGUUCCCAAAGGUUACAAAGAACGCUAUGCAUUUGAUGACAGCUCAGAUGAUUCACAAGAAGUCACAAAGCCGUCUCCAACGAGCGGCGACAAAAACGUGUCAGUGCGUCGUGCGAUGGCGAUGAAGGAGCCGCCACCGCUGCCGUCAGCGCCGCCGCCCGGCAAGUCUCGCGAGCCUGACCCGCCUGGCACCGAGCCUUCGCAUCCACCUGUUCGGAAAGGCAAUAUAGUGCUAGACAAGUUCGGAUCGUUCCGACUGGCACAGGAGGGCGAAACUCCGGUAUCAGUGGGCGAAGGUCGACCCGAACAGUUCGUAACACGUAUCAAGCCUCCCACCCCUGCCACGCGUCGUCCACGCUCGCCACCGUCACCGCGCCGUCGCUCCACCGACGAAUCUGAAGACGAUCGUCGCUCACCCAAGCGAUCACGGAGCAGAUCGCGCCCACGCAAGUACCGCUCGCGCUCAGGAUCGGGCUCGCGCUCAGGUUCGAGCGGCAGCGGGUCAGUGUCCCGUCGCCGCCGCUCAGCGUCGCCACGCUCUCGGUCCCGCUCCGAUGCCAGCCGUUCCUACUACUCACGCAGUCGAUCGCGAUCGCGCUCGGGCUCAAGGGAAAGAUUCCGUUCCCGUUUCAAUCGGCGAGGAAAUUGGCGUGGGCGCGGUGGCUUCGAACGCGGCACGUACUACCGGCCACGGUUCCACACGUACAACGGCGGCGGACGCGGACGCGGUCGCGGCGACUUCCGCCGCGACGACGGCCGCCGCUUCCAGCACGAGUGGCGCGACAACCGCUCUCGUGGCGGCCGGCCCUUCCGACCGCGCAGGGGCGGCGGCGGCCGCGGCCGACCAUUCAGGGGUGGGUUCCGCGACUUCCGUGAUAGACGCGGCGGGCGGUAUUCACGCUCGCGCAGUCCCGACCGCACCAGACGUUCCAGAUCGUACAGCCCAGAGAGGCGCGAAAAGGACAGAGAUAGCUACUCCCGCUACUCGGGCCGUGAUAGCCAUCGAAGCGAAGGCGAGUACGAAGAAGAAAGGUACGUGGAUAGGAAGGAGUAUGAUGGAAAGUGGGCUGAUGGUAACGAGCCAGAGAGACCACCAGCAGAGGAGAAAGCACCAGAGCAACCCCCUAAAGAGUGACAUGGAUAACGACCUGUACAAUCUACCUAUUUGUUUGUUUAAAGAGUGUUCUAGGUAUAAGUGUUUAGGGCUAUAAAUUAAUUGAUAGGGUGCUAUGUUUUUAAGCACAUUUCACAUUAAAUAUUGUAUUAAAUAGAUAUAUUUGUCACACUUGUUCUAAUUCUUUUAAUUUCAUUAUCUCCUUAAAUGUAUAAUUUUCCUACAUUUCUUUUUCUUCCAUUUUCUACAUUUGCCAUAAGCAAUGAUGUUAUUUAUACAUGUUUUUAUGUAAUUAUAUGAAACCUUGUCGCAGUAACGACUUAUUCAUUCCAAUCAGAAAUAAUUGGUAACAAAAUAUUAACCAAAUCUUAGUCAUUAAUUUUGUUGUUUUCUGGCUAGGUAUCAUAAAAUAAUGUAAACCUAAAAGCCGUAAUACAAAAAUAAAUAUUAAUCACCAA